CUGAUUCUCAGGUGGCCAUCGGAAGUCUGUUUUGAUUGAUUUUUCUCUGGAAACACUCGCUGCAUUUAGACAGUGUCUGCUGCUUGUGCCGUAGUGUGUGUGAAUGCUGUUGCCAGCUGUAGACGCAGCAAGCGGGUCACUUCUCUCGAUCGACUCGCUUCUGUUUUGGCAAAGGAUUGCAAGCGACAGAAGCAGAAGCACUUUUCUUUUCCCUUGUUUUCCACCGGAAAAUCCUCAUCUGCUGGAUUGGCGAGACGCGUAGCAGAAGAACGGGAGGUAGAUCCGUUUCUGCGAAGGCGAGGAACGAGGGCGGCUAGCACUCGGCGGAGCAGGAAGCGGAGAAAAUGAUCGCGGAAGAGCGAACGGAGAGGUUUUUCGAAAAUCCGAUAUUUUGUGGCGGAUUCCUCAAGGCAGUUUAGACGCACCUCUUGCUGUUUGCGAAGAGGUUCGUGAAGAAAGCAGGAGCAUGAAAUCCCUUCUGUUUGAACAAGAGGACCAGCGAGAAUGCUUCUGAGGCACUCGCCCUCUGGGCGCGCUCUGUUCUCCUCUCUCUCUUCUCGUCUUGUCUGAAUCUGCGUAUUCCCUUCAGAAAACGGAAAGGACGAAGGGAGACGCGCGCAUGCACUGAUGGAGAGGGUGACACUCCGCCUUCGUGGUUCCACAGGUCUUCCACGUUUUCUGAAGCGAAAGCAUCCUUCUUGUGCUUCUCUCUCUUCCAAGCUCACCAUUCUCCGAGCUUCGUCUCGCAGCUGUCUAUCUCUUAGCCUCGACUGCCUUGGUGCUCACACCUGAGAAAAGUGAGAGGACACUGCAGCAAUCUGCUCGCUCGCUUUCAUUUGUCUGUACACCUGAGAUUUUCCGUUCUUCUUCAUGAUGCCGGCGACUCGCAGAAGCGCCUCUCUCCUGGUCUCCGCCAGAGGUUCAGCUGCCCGCUUCCCAGCGUCCAGCGUCUCCUUCCUGCACAAGGGUGCCGCUGGUGUGUCUCGUCGGUUUUCUGCUUCUCUCUCUCCUUUCUCGUGUUCUGCUUUCGUUUCUCCCUCCUGCCCGAUGGCUUCUUCUUCUCCCUUUUCGCCUCCUCAUUUUUCUUCUCUUGUUUCCUCUCCGUCUUCUCCUUCUGCCGGCUUCCCGCGCUCUGCUUCAUCCUCUGCCUCCUCUGCUCCCCCAUGUUCUUCGGCGGGUGUGUCCAAGGUCAGCUGCUUGAAGUUGAGCUGCGGCGAGCGCCAGCAAGAGGGAGAGCCCAGUCUUCCUCGUUCAGCUGAAGAGAGGAAGGCUACGAACCGUCGAGAACUGGAGUGCUUGCGCGCUCUCCAGAGCGCCGUAGCUGAGAGGGAAGCAGAAGCCGAUGGAGGCUGGACGACUUGGAGGGGAGUCUCGCAAAGAACGUGGAAGCAGAAGAGAUCGGCAUUGCUUUCUUCGCGCGUUACGGCGGCGAUGAGCUUGGAAGAAGAGGACUCGACCAGUGGACCGCGAGGAGACGAGGAAGAGAGAGAAAGGCGCAGUGGUGUGUGUGGAGAGAGAGGGCAGAAUGGCGGGGAGAAACUUGGCAGAGUGCAGGGCGUUUCCACGGGCGACAGUGAGAGUCGAACGAGGUGUCGCAGAGGCCUUCAUUUUUCUCCUCAAACGAACAGAUUCUUCGUCGUGCUCCUUUCGUGUCUUCUCUUUUUCUUGGUGGGAGAAGGUCAGGAGGUAUGCCCUCCUUCGCUCCAACGCAUGGAGAGCAGUACAGAUUUCUUCUUUUUCAAGAUCGCUUCUGCUGAAGCCCACACUGCGAAUCCCGGUGACUCCUCGAAGUCUCGUCGUCGCUCGCCCCGCAGUUCUCGUUUUACCUCGAAGGCGUCUUCUGAUUCCUCUUCCUCUUCUCGCUCUUCUGCGGAUUCCUCUUCCUCUUCUCGCUCUUCUGCGGAUUCCUCUUCCUCCUCCUCUCCUCUUUCGCCGGCGUCGAGUGCCUCUCCUGUUUCUCCGUCUCAUCACGCGGCUUCCUCUUCCUCUCACCCUUCUUCCUCGUCCUCGUCUUCGCUCUCUUCUUCUCCGGAUUCUUCGCCUGAGGAAGUGAAUGGACUGCGCGGUCGGGCGCGUGUGUGGACUCGCCGCGGAGGCUUGUCGUCUCGAUUGCGAGAGUUUCUGUCGGAUGCGUCGGCGCUUCGCAGUCAAGAGUCGGCCGCCGACGCCGUUGAAGAAGCUCGCGCGCGGGUGCGUCUGCUCAGCCGGUUCGCUCGGAGUCGACGGCAGACGCUGGAGGCUCUGGGGGGGAAGUUGCGACGGAGCGAGUGGCGAAGAAAGAGGACUGGGAUGAUGGCGUCCGAGGCGCGAGAGUCUCACAGAGGUCGCGACCUGAACACGCUGGCCGAUCGCGAGAAGAAAGCGUUGAAGUCUGCCCUCCUCGCGGCGCAGCUCAGCAGACGCCGCAUGCAGAGCAUUCAGUCGGAGCGGAGUCUGUACAGCCUGGUCCGGCCGUUGCUCGACGAGUCCGACGCCGCGGGUGUGUAUACGGCCAACGAGUGCGUAGCGGUGAGGUACGCAGACUAUCCGAAGGAGUUCCCCGGCUACGACAUCUCCACGGAAAGCUGCAGGUGCCCGGACGGCUGGCUGCCGUGCGCCGAAUCCGACGCGGUGGCGCGCAUGUCGGCAUGGGAGCCUGUGAUUUGGGAAGAGAAUGCAGACGAAGGCUGCACGUCCGAGCGCGGGGAAGUCAUGCUGGAGCACAUGAACUUCUACUCCUGUCCGCAGAGGACGUUCGUCGAGUACACCGGCCCAAGAGACGCGACAAUUCGAGAUAAACAGUGCAAACGCGUCGCAUUCGUCCUCUGCAGAGCCGCCACAUCCAGCUGUAUCACAGGGCCUUGGUCAGAGUGGACCAGUUGUUCGGUGCCGUGUGGAGAAGGAUAUCAGUAUCGAUGGAGAAUUCCCGUUACGGGUGCGUCAUCGUCGACGGAUAAAGGCGCAGUCACUCAAAGAUCUUCCAGAGAAGCAUGCGCGCCGUACCACAUGGAGGAAAGACGAAAGUGCAAUUUAGGCGCCUGUCCAGAGAAGAUCACAAAAACUACGUGUUUUUGGACAACCGUGCAGGUCGACAGAGCAGAAGGCGCAUUUGACGAAGACCAGGGCAGCUGCAAGUGCGGCACCGGAGACGACGCAAUCGAUCGCGAGGAAGGAGCGAUGGUUCCCUGUACACCCGAGGAAGCCGUUGCCUCCAUGGACAAUUGGAAAAGUCACUUUCGUCAGCACUGCUACACUUCCCUCGGUUUGAGGAGGAGAAGCAACCUCGCUCUUCGCUUCCACUCUUACGGGCAUGUUGUGAGGCUAGGACUUCGGGAUUUGUGGCAUCUGGACUGCACUGGCGGGUGGAGCAAAUUCAACAUCUUCGAGGCGAAAAUGUUCUGCGGAGUAGGAGCCAAGAUUCUGUGUCGCUCGAGAACUGACUCCGCACAAGUGCCAUUCUCAAUGGAGCAACACAACGCAGAGAGCGACGCUGUGACCAGAAUUUCCAUGCUUUUGAAACGACAGCGUCGAGUAGAGGAGGCGUCGCCCCAGGCCUUCGCAGAGGAAUCUCUCCUCCUUUCUGAAGGCGGUGUUUCGCACUUAUGGAUUUCUUUGUUUGCGGGGGCAGUGGCGGCCGUGGUGUUUCUCGUCUGUCUGACGAAGCGCGCUGCGGUGGGAACCUUCCUGCGUUCGAGAGUCUCGACAGCGACGGCGGGAGGAGAGACAGUCUCGGCAAAGGGAUCGACGCGUGGAUCGAGGAACGCCGGGCGCCGCGUCUUCUCCGCCCAAGCAGUGCGCGAAGCGGUGGAAGAGCGCGUGCAUGCGUUUGUGGCUUUCGCGAGGAGCCAGACGACCGCAGUGAUCCUGGCAACUGAAAAGUGGAUGGAAACAGCUGCAGAAAGAGAGGUGACUCAGGAGAUGCAAGGUGUGUCUACUGCGUCUUUGCGGCUGCUGGAGAGAGACUGUAAGGAGCGAGAGGAGCGAGACAGCGCGCGGAAGUCCUGUCCCCAAGAGGCGAAAGGCCUCUUGGAGGGAGAAGAGGACGUACCGGCUCUUCUCGUUUUCCCUGCUCUGAAGACAGCGACGGAUCGCGUUGUUCGUGUCGCGCGUUCGACUCUCAGUCUCGAGACUCGCAGCUUUUCUGGAGCUCAAAGAAGCGCUCAGAGACUGUGGGGAAAGGUCCGGUCGAUCUUUCUCGCGCGCGGAAAGGAGAAGAGAGAUGAAGAUUUGUUCUCCGGAGAAGAAGGCGAAAGAGGGCGCAUUCAGCGCGGGGGUCCUGCCGCAUUCGUCUCUUCGUUGGCUUGUCAAAAAGUCGAGAGGAGACGCGCGAGGCGGGGACGCAGAGAGGGAGACAGCGGGGAAGGUGGAGAUUGUGGAGAAGCGCGAAAGGCGAAUUCGGGAGUUGCCGGCAGACUCGACUCACUCACUGAGAUGGACAGAGACGACUCUUUCGUCUUGUCGGCAGUGGAGGAAAAACUGCUCUUCCCGAGAGGCAAAAGAAACACUCAAGAGAAACUCGCGAGGAUCAACAAGGCGGCCCGGACAGCCGCCGUCAGUGCCGUGACACCCGAAUCCUUUGGGUCCAUGUAAACGCUCACUUUUUGUUUUUCUCUGUAAGAUUUGUCGAAAGCAUUUCUCCGCUACACCCCACCGUUUGUCAAGUUUGACGCGAACGCCUCGCGUUUCUCCCUGAGCUGGCUUCCGGUUUUUUUUUCGAGCCUUCUUUCCAAAACAGGAGACAGAAGGGUGAGAACGCAGGAACGGCUGAGGCGGAUAGACACGCCUGAGCUGGGAGAGAGUUGUUCGUGUUGUGUGGGCGGUUUGCUUAAGUUCUGUAAAAGCCGCGUGCGACAACGCGCCCAUGUUUCGUUUUUCUCUCCCGCGCUUGUCUUUUUCUGAAAAAGCCUGUUACAGUGUAACGCAAACAGGCGAGGAGCUGUCUCCGUGGAUUUCAAUUUUUUUUCGAGACCUCUCCCCCAAAACCUCGCGGAAGAAUUCUCACUUCCCCCGACAAGAAGUACCCUGGCCAUCCCACCGUGCGCCAACUCUCUCGGGGAGUCAUCGUAUACAGGUGUAUAGAGUGUGAGGAUAAACACAAAUCGGCGGAUAAACACCUAUAUUCCUCUGAACAGAGAAACAACCGUGUUCAAAAGUAUGUAUAUUGGCAUCA